AUGGACUUUGACGCAGAGGCCUGCAACGCAGCCCGUUUCCUGCCAAGAAGGUAUCGUCCUGCACCUACUGGAGGACAGAUGGCGUCUGUGCUCCUCCGCCUCGACAGCGACCGGCCGAAAGGCUUGCGAGGGGGGUCGCACCGGUUUCAAGGUUCUCACCCGGAUUCUGUGACGUUUGCAGCUCACGCUCGCCAAUCCGAGCUAUGCGAAACCGGUUGGAAUGUAUUCCUCGACUGGCUGCUUCAACAUCCUAUCAAAUAA